GGAUAUUGAAACAAAGAGCUGGGAUUGGUACUUGAUCUUCUAGAAACAGAAUAACUCAACAAUUUGGAUGGACUUGAUGCUGAUAAUAAACUACUAAUAACAUGUUUAGUGUCAUAAAUAAAUCUCAUCAUUAUACUAAUUUCUUGACUCUACUGAUCCCAAAAUGGCAAUAUCAGUCCAGAAAAGGUCUAAAAAUAGAAUAACAUAAAAAUAAAAUGUAAAGUUUGUCAACAACUACAUGUAUUCUACAUUUCUAUGAUUCAAUUCUUUUAAACAUGUUCAAAUAUUCUUAAAAAUGGGAACUUAUUCAAAAUCCCACUAUAAUGCUCUAAUUACUUGAGUAUAACAGAAGCCAAUGACAGUUGUCUGUUAUUCCAUCACUUGUGGUUUUCAGUAGUAACCUACAAAGCAUUCAAUGUUCCAACCAUGUAAAAAAGAACCUUUAUCUAGUUCUUUUUUAUCAGUUUAUUUUCUGCAAAGCUACAACCAGUUCUUGUUGUAAACCACAAAGUGAAGAACUUUCUCUAGCAGAAGGUUCUUGGAGCCUAAUAUUACGUUUAUUUCGCGGAAUCUUAUAAGUUCUUGAUGUCCUGUCUGUUUCCGGUUACAGUAUCCGCCAGUUGAAGCAUUUGCAUAGUCUGAGAAAAAUGGAUUUUGGUUAUUCGAAGUCUGUGAGGUUUCAAGAUGAUAUCGAAACUGCAAUGGUUUAUCCAUCAAAAUCAGGCAGUUUAUUCAACAUGUUCUCUAUUAUAUGUGGAAAAAAGAUGCACAAGAAGGAUGCACUUACAAAAGGAAAGGCUUUGAAGGAAAGAAGACUUUCAAGGGUCUUCUCAGAGGAUUAUGACAUAGUGACUAAAAGGAUACUAGAUCCCCGGGGAGAUGACCUUAGUCGAUGGAACAGAUGCUUUCUAGUUGCUUGUCUUGUGUCCCUAUUUGUGGAUCCCCUGUUCUUUUACUUGCCAGAGGUUAAGUCAAAAAUGUGCAUGGGUGCAAGUGUUCCUCUUGAGCAGGCGCUUACUGUCAUUCGAUCAGCUGUAGAUGUGCUCUAUUUUAUUCAGAUUAUUGUUCGGUUUCAUACAGCUUAUGUCGCACCUUCCUCUCGUGUUUUUGGAAGAGGAGAACUGGUAAUAGACUCAUCUAAGAUUGCUCAAAGGUACUUGUGCAGGGAGUUUUGGUUUGACUUAUUAGCUGCUCUGCCGCUUCCCCAGCUGUUAAUUUGGAUAGCACUCCCACGCUUAACGGGUUCAAGAAGGAUUAGUGCAAAAAUUAUUCUACGAUUCAUCAUCAUUUUUCAGUUCCUCUUGCGACUGUGUCUCACGAUACCUCUGUCAUCUCAAAUAGUCAAGGCCACAGGAGUUGUAAUGGAAACAGCAUGGGCCGGAGCAGUUUACAACUUGAUGCUUUUUAUGCUGGCAAGCCAUGUUAUCGGUUCAUGUUGGUACCUUCUAGCAAUUGAGAGGCAAGAACAGUGCUGGAAAAAAGUCUGUGACCUUCACGCAGAUUGUGAAUAUCACUUUUUUGACUGUGCUACGCUUAAAACCCUUGGCCGUGGUAGAGAUGAUUGGUUUAUAUCAAGUAACAUAUCUAGUCUAUGUGUACCGGGUAGUCAGUUCUUUCAGUUUGGUAUUUAUGUGGACGCAAUAACUUUUGACAUCACCAGCGCAGAGUUCUUUUCUAAGUAUUUCUAUUGUCUCUGGUGGGGAUUGAGGAACUUAAGCUCAAUCGGGCAGGACCUCGCUACCAGCACAUAUAUUGGAGAAAUCAACUUUUCUAUUAUCAUUGCAAUUGUAGGACUGGUGCUUUUCGCCUUAAUUAUUGGGAAUAUGCAAACAUACCUCCAGUCCACAACUGCACGACUAGAAGAGUGGAGAAUCAAAAGAACUGAUACAGAACAAUGGAUGCACCACAGGCAGUUGCCAUCUGAACUCAAGGAGAGUAUUCGCAGGUAUGAUCUAUACAAAUGGAUUACAACCCAUGGAGUAGAUGAAGAAAGUAUUCUGAAAGGACUUCCUCUGGAUCUACGACGUGACAUCAAGCGCCAUCUCUGUGUUGAUCUUGUUCGACGUGUCCCUUUGUUUGAUCAGAUGGAUGAAAGUACUCUAGAUGCGAUAUGUGAAAGGCUAAAGCCUGUUUUAUGCACCACAAACACUUGCCUUGUCCGUGAGGGUGACCCUGUAAACGAAAUGCUCUUCAUCAUCAGAGGCCACCUUGAUUCUUACACAACUGGUGGGGGCCGAACAGGAUUCCUAAAUUCAUGUCGUAUCGGUCCAGGUGACUUCUGUGGUGAAGAAUUACUGACUUGGGCAUUAGACCCCCGUCCAAGCAUAAUCCUCCCCUCGUCUACACGCACAGUGACAGCCCUCACUGAAGUCGAAGCCUUUGCUCUUGUUUCAGAGGAUGUAAAAUUUGUAGCAUCACAAUACCGUAAGCUUCACAGCAAGCAACUAAGGCACACAUUCAGGUUUCACUCCCUCCAGUGGAGAUCCUGGGCUGCAUGCUUUAUCCAGGCUGCUUGGUUCCGCUACAAAAGGCGCAAAGAGGCUGCUGAACUUAAGGCCAUGGAGUGCAAUGAGUCUCCUGUACGCGAAUCAGCUUCUGAACAGACAAGUAAUUCGUCGACGCCAGUAGCAUCGGGGCAAGCUAUAUAUGCAGCAGCGUUAACAGCAAGUAGGAGGGGAGGGAGCCUGAGGGCUGGAAGUGAACUUGAACUCCUAAGCGCUUUACAGAAACCAGUUGAACCUGAUUUUUCAGUUGAAUGAUUAGUGAAACAGAAGAGCUAGCUUAGCUAAUAGUAAGUAGUGUAUACGUUGGAUCGUGAGUGAGAAUGAGAAUCGGGAAUGAGAAUGAAGGGUAUGGAAAUUAAUAUUUCAAGAAGCAAUGAUUUACCCCCUGAGUAAGUUGUCCUUAUUUAUCCAAACAUCGAAGCACGAGUUUAAGUUUUCGAUUCCCGUUAACCGGGUUCAUUAAUCAUAAACUAAACGUGUCUCUGUAUAUAUUUAGCUGACUUGGCUGAUCACUUUUGGAGGUGUGAUGCAAAGGCUUUUACAAGUGCAAGUUACUACUGACAUAUAAUUAGUCUUUCUGCAUAAGCUAUAAUACUCAUGCCUAAAUAGCAGAUCAAACGAUCUCAAAAAUUUUGUGAUAUUUUUAUUUUUAUUUUUUUAUAGAGAAAUCAGUGUAGUUUUUAGUUUUA